CUAUUUUCAACAGGAAAAUAAGAAGGAAACAAAGGAUAAAAUAUGCAUAAUUUUACAAGAGAUGGGAGUAAAAAUCGCAGUAAAAGAAGAUAUAAAUGAAGUACGAUGGAUGGGCAAGUACAAAAAAGGAAAAGACCAAUAAUUGUGAAACUAAACAGGGAAAGCACAAGAACAGUGAUUUUGCAGAAAACCAGAAGCCUGAAGGGCACAAAUAUAUUGAUUGAUGAAAACUACCCAAAAGAAGUCCAAGAGGAAAGGAGGAAGCUAAUAAUAAAAAUGAAAGAAGCUAGAAAUAAAGGUCACAAAGCACAAUUAAGAUAUAACAAAUUAAUAAUAAACGACGAGUUAUACAAGGAGAAAGACACCCAUCAAAACGAGGAAGAAAAAAAGAAAGAGGCGAUGAAGCAGCAGUCAAAAGAGGACUGUAAACGAAAAUCACCGGAGCAAAACAGAUUUGAUGAACAAGUAAGGAAAAUAACACGAUCUAACACAAAAACUAAUAAAUAAAGAUGAAAUUAAAUAAAGUGAUGACGAAACGGCGAUGGACAAGGAAAUAAGCAAAAAAUGAAUAACGGAGCAGUAAGAAACACAAAACAUGAUGAACAGGGCAACGAACUACCGGGAAAAAACAUAUUUUAUUAUAUUCCAAGCAAAUAGAACACAGAGCGAAGUCAAUAAUUUAGACACUCAUAUUAUGAAAAAAGGUAAAAAAAAAACAUCUAUAGAAAUAUUAUCACAAAAUAUAACAUGGAAGAAUUACAAGUAAACGAGGUAUCAAGGAGAUAUAAAGCAGACAUAGAAAGAAGUCUAGACAAUACACCAGUUUUAAACAUGGCCAACAUAAUAGAAAAGAAAUGGAAUAACAUAGAGAAUGCCAUAGAAAUAUCAACUGAGAAAAAUAUUAAUAAGAAAAAAACGCAGAAAAGAAAGGAAUGGUUAGAUAACGAAUGUGAUGAAGAAAUUAAAAAAAAAAACACAAACUGUGAGAAAAAUACCUACAAACAGGGAACGAUACAGACGGAAAAAAAUAUAUAAAACAAAGAAAGGCUGUUAAAAAAAUGUGCAGAAAUAAGAAAAGGCAUCACCAAGAAAAAAAAGUCGCAUAAAUACAAAAAAAUUACAAAAAAAUGACAUUAACCACUUCUAUAAAGAUGUAAAAGCUAUACAAAAAAAACACUUGCCAAAAAAUAUUUACAUUAACGAUAAGGAGGCAAAUUUAAUGGGAGGAAAAAGCGAGCAAAUGCAAAGAUGGAAACAAUACUUCCAAAAACUACUGAACGAUAAACCUGAACGGCAGAAAGUAGAAGAAAAAGAAGCAGCAAAUGAAAACCCUAUGUACACCGCUGAGGAACCCACAGAAAAAAAGAUAAUAGAAAUUAUUUCAAAUAUAAAGAAUAAAUAAAGCCCCGGAUCAAACAAAAUUACCGCAGAGAACCUAAAAUAUGGAGGACAACAACUAAUAACACAAAUAAUUCUAAUAAUUUUAUGAUAAUGAGAAAAUUUCACCUCUGUACCAACAACCUCACACUGUAACGAAACUGACAUUUCCUUUAUAAUAGACAUUUCUUUAAAUGGAUUUAUACAUAAUUAAUACACCUCCAUUUUUUAUAUUAGUUCUACAGAAUGAUGUAGGUACAAAUAUCAUAAUUUCUAAUUUUUACCAUCUGCAAUUCGGAAUCUUUCAACCAGUUUUCAGUAAUGCAUGCUAUAUCAAUUUUAUGCUUCUUCAACUCAAUUUUGAAUAAAUCAAAUUUAUUUCUUAAACAUUAAGCAUUUUGAUAAAAAAAACCCUAAAUUGAGAAAUAUUUGAUAUACUG